AUGGCAGUGUUUCACAAUGAGGUGGAGAUCAAAGACUUCCAAUAUGACAGGGGCUCAGAGACUUAUUUCUAUCCUUGUCCAUGUGGGGACAACUUCUCCAUCACCAAGGAGGAUUUGGAGAAUGGGGAAGACGUUGCGACAUGUCCUAGCUGCUCUCUCAUUAUAAAAGUGAUUUAUGACAAAGAUCAGUUUGCGUGUGGAGAAACAAUUCCAGCCCCUUCAGCCAAAAAAGAAUUAGUGAAAUGCUAA